UUGAUGAAUUUUGAACAGGGUUUCCGUUGAAAACUUUCGUUUUUUUUGCUUUGUUUUUUUCGUUGAAAAAUUAUUCCAAAAUGAUGAUGAUGAAUCAAUCAUCAGCAGCAGCAACAAAAUCUGCCAUUAUGGUAAUGAUGUUUGUCGAAUCGAAACAGCAGCAACCAAAUUCAUCCACAUCCACAUCAUCAUCCGCAUCUUCUUCAUCUUCGUCUGCAUCAUCAUAUGAUUCGCAUUUCAAUAAUCAUCCGAUGGAGAAUAUUCCAAAAUUUCACCUGUAUCAAUUGAGUGAUUAUCAUCAAUUUAUCAUUGAUAGUGUAGGAGGUAGUAGUUCAAAAGCUGCUGCUGCUACCGAAACUGAUACUGAUACUGGUACUGGUGGUGGUGAUAUUCAUCAGAAUCAACAUCAUCAAACAUCGACCUUUUCGACCAAUCAAAAACAACAACAUUCUGUUGGUGUUAGUGGUGUUGGUCAAUAUCAAACACCAACGCAUCAACAUUUGGAAAGAAAUUCAUCUAGAAAUAAGAAUUAUUAUCAUCAUCAUCCAAAUCGUCAACGACCUCAUAAACAACAACAACAACAAGAAAAUAAUAAUAAAAUCAAAGUUGACGACGAUAUCGACGACGACGAAUUGUUACUAUCCGGAAAUAAAACAUUAAUACGUAAUCAUCGUGGUCGUUUAAAUUCAAUUAGUUCAAAUACAUCAUUAUUGAAUGAUAAUGAUGAUGAUGAAUUAUUAUCUACGCGACAACCCCCACCACCAUCAUCAGUAACAUCAAAAUAUCAACGAAGACGAUCAGCAAGUAUUGGUUAUAUUGAAACAAAUUUAGUACCAUCAGUAGUAUCGGAUCUUAAUCGUUUACGUGAACAAAUUCAAAUUGAACAACAACAACAACAAAAACAACAGAUAAAUCAACAUCGAUCAAUACAACGAACUAGAUCGGAUCGAUCAUCAAAUUUAUAUCGUGAUAAAAUUCCUAUUCAACAAAGACGACGACCAUCAUUUCCACAACAAAUUCUUCUUAAAACUUUACCACAACAACAACAAUCGAUUGAAUCAACAUCGACAAUACCACGUCCAUCAUUAUCAUCGAUCAUUAAAUCGUGA